AUGGAUUUUCGGCGUCCAGGAUUGGGCAAUCGCGAACUUUGUGUGUCUGUAAAUGGAACGACUGCAUGCACUGCAGCUUGGGCUGUGUACACGUGCUCGCUGGACGGCAGAUAUUGUGGUGGAAUGGGCGGGCUUGUGGUUCUGGUUAAUUGUGGAAUGUUUUACAAUACAUCAGGACUAGAUAAUGUGGACUGCGUGUGUGGUUUUAUCUGCGGCAACGUGCAGACGGGCAUUGAGGAUGUGCGUCAGCAGCACUGUAAUGCAACUGUGAAUACGCGGAAGAAUGUCCGGGAAAGUGUGUUGUUUUUGUGGGUGUUCGUUGUUUCGGAGGAAGAAAAGGUGCGGUUGCUGGAGGCGAGAGGUAGUGAAGUGGGGCAUGCCUGCGUGGGGGAGGCGAUGGUGCAGCACGUGUUAUCCUGUCUCUUGCCUGUGCUGACGGAGUUGCGUGUAUCUGCACGGGAGGGUAGAAGAGUGGUGUAUUGUGUUAUUGAUAGCGGGGAAGCCGUUGCGGUGGGUGGAGCGGAGAGGCCGUUGAGAGUGGGGGUGGCGUGGUGUGGAGUGGCGAAGGGGAGAGUGGAUGUGUUGGUUGUCGUCACGAGUUUCUGCAGAGCAGAUGUUUGUUUAUCUGUGGACGUGGGUGAUUAUGCUUGUGGAGAUGGAGUAGGUGCAGCGCCUGUAGAGCAGAGGGAGUGGAAUGAUGCCUCUUUCGUGUGGUACUGGUUAUGGGUUGGCACAGGAGUAGGAUUGUGUUUGGGGGUGUUUGAGGUUCUCAUUAAGGAGGCAACAGUGUGUUUAGCGAUGCAGAAGGAAUGUUCUGGAGAUGCCAGAGUGCGUCUGUUUUUUUCACGCUUUGCGUAUGCGCACCCCGAGUUGAAGAUAUUUGCGCCGGAUGUUAGAGGGGAGCAGCAUUGGGUGGUGCUUGUUGUUUGCGUUUUGCGGGUGUUGUUGUUUUGGCAUGUUCCUUGCAUGUCAUUGCUGCAGCAGCGGCAAAUGAGAUGUCUCCUGAAGCAACAGCAGGAGGAGGAGGAGGAGGAGGAGGAAAGGAGACACUUCGCAAUGCAUACAGCUGCAUUGCUUGCCUUGUUAGUUAAGAUGAAAAGAAAUACUUAUGUUUUGCUACACAGGGUAAUAGACUACAAGAGAGACUCGGGCGGGUUGACGGGUUUGAGGAGAAGGUGCGUUGGAAGGAUUGAAGUGGAAUUGUUAGCAUGGAGUGAGGUUAGGGGAGUGGCGUAUUGGGUUGUUGAGCCUAAGGUGGAAAAUUGUGUGGAGGUAUGUGGAAGUGGGGUUAGUGUGUUUUGCAUUUGCGAAGGGCAGUUUGGGGGGGCCGUUGCGGUGGGUGGAGCGGAGAGGCCGUUGAGUGCGGAGUGUGUUGCGUUGUGCUGGGUAUGGCGUGGCAUCUUCGUCGAAGUGUUUUUUCUGGCGUUUGAGAUUUGCACUAGGGAAAAGAUAGAGGCGGUGAGUGCGAAGGAUUGUAGGGAGUUUGUGAGUGAGCAAGAGAGAACGUAUGUGGACGUUUGCGGGGGUGUCUGUUUGGCAGGCGAAGCCUUGUUUGAUUCUCUUUGCGCGGGCGGCAACGGCAGUGCAGGAUUGGGGGGAUGA